CCGUACUCUUUUCGUCAUUUGUUAUGUAUUGACAUAGGUAAAGUAUGUCAGUAGACAAGGCUGUACCUGGCCAAUGUGAUUGGAAGGGGAAAGACGAAGCCAAAAUAGCAGAUUAACUGUAUUAAGGGGCAUACAUUCAAUGGUUUUACUUAUCGUACGGUAAAGGUGAAUUUGAAUCGGUUGCCAUGUUCUUGCUGACCCAAGUAUUUUCUCCCUGUGACUGAGAUUUGAUGACUAAUUAUGAAAAUCAAGGAAUUUGAAUAGAUGCGAUUUGGAUAACAUUGAAGAGAAUCGCACGAACGUCAAUGUUUUCCAAGCAGAGAGACGUCUUCUGGAUAGAACAUCUCACCAGAGGACUAUUAUGACAGUAAACUGACACACGAAUUCUAUUGAAACUCAGUAGUGUUGCAUGUCAUAGCUUUUCAGGAAAAUAUAUGUAUUUUAGAUGUUCUUGCAAUAACCUGCGAUAAUCGGAUCAUUGCUAGUUGUGAUCUGUCAAUUCAAUUGAUAUUCUGUUUAGGUAGCAUGUAGCUAACGUUAAAGCUAACUAGCUACUGUAUAUAAAAUGCUGUUUGCAUGGUUGUUUGCAAGCAACAAUGGGCAACAUGACGCAUGUCACAGCAUGUCACUCUCUGGUUAUAUAGUAGAAGUGUCUUUGGGUGUUUGAAGCUUUCAAUCUAUUUAUCCAGAAUACUUGACAUCAUGUAGAAUGUCAAGCAAAGCAGUUUUGAGCUAAUUUGUUUGCUAACUAAAUGCACAUAUAACUAGGUAGCUAGCCAGUGUAUAACGUUAGCAAUUUGGGUCAGAAAAUGACAGCUGGCAGUAGGGACUGACAUUGUGUACCUUGGGAUUGUGUCCAGUCAUGCGUAAAGCUGACUGCAUUGUCUGAUUGUGGAAAUAGUUAAACGUCAAACAUUACAGAAUCUGUUGUACUUGGCUACUGACAGGAAAUAAUUUGACACUAGCUCCAGUUUUGCAUCCCCUUUUUAAAGGUGAUCAGUUAUAUCAUCACAUGGCUGUUUCUCAGGCAAUAUCAAAGGUGGACUGGAAUGCACGCUUGUCCUUGUAAAACUGACUUGUAUUGUGUAAACGCCACAAUCACUAGUUUGCUUGACAGCUAAAGCAACGUUUGGGUGGAUACAUUGUUGCACCAGGGUUCUCAUAUCAAAAGAGCAUCCUUCAACGUGCCUCACUGAAGAAAGAACCUUUCCACACCUGACCUAAAUUGGACAGUUACUUUGACAAUGGAGACGGUUGGAGACUUUGAAUACAGCAGAAAGGACUUGGUGGGACAUGGGGCUUUCGCUGUGGUGUUCAAAGGAAGGCACAGAAAGAAGACGGAUUGGGAGGUGGCCGUCAAGAGCAUUAACAAAAAGAACCUCUCCAAGUCCCAGAUCCUGCUUGGCAAGGAAAUCAAAAUCCUCAAGGAACUUCAACAUGAGAACAUUGUGGCACUUUACGAUGUCCAGGAAACUCCCAACUCUGUGUUCCUGGUCAUGGAGUACUGCAACGGUGGCGAUCUGGCUGACUAUCUGCAAGCCAAGGGGACACUGAGAGAAGACACUCUGAGGGUGUUCCUCCAGCAGAUAUCAGCAGCAAUGAGGAUCCUUAACAGUAAAGGCAUCAUCCACCGAGACCUGAAACCACAGAACAUCCUGCUGUCAUACACCAGCCGCAAGAGAUCCAGUAUCAACGGCAUCCGCAUCAAAAUAGCUGACUUUGGCUUCGCACGAUACCUCCAGAGCAACAUGAUGGCUGCCACGCUGUGUGGCUCCCCCAUGUACAUGGCCCCAGAAGUGAUCAUGUCUCAGAACUAUGACGCCAAGGCAGACCUGUGGAGCAUUGGAACUGUCGUCUACCAGUGUCUCGUAGGGAAGCCCCCUUUCCAGGCCAACAGUCCACAGGACCUGAGGAUGUUCUAUGAGAAGAACAAGUCGCUGCUACCCAUCAUCCCGAGGGAGACGUCUCCUUCCCUUGGCAACCUGUUGCUAGGCCUGCUGCAGAGGAACCAGAAGGACAGGAUGGACUUCGAUGCAUUUUUCAGUCAUCCUUUCUUAGAUCCAGUGUCUGCCAUCAAAAAAUCAUGUCCUGUUCCAGUACCCAACUGCCCUAGCGCUGUGACCGACAUCACAUGUGGCAGCUCACCCUCUGUUCGCUACAACUCCCCUGCCUCUCUCCCUGACAUGCAGACCUUACCUGAGGACUGUCUGUCGUCGCCACCCCUGGGCCCUCCAAACUACCUGCAGCUGUCUAAGGAGUCUGGAGGAAGCACCAGCAGCAAGAACUCCUCAAGCGACACGGACGACUUUGUCCUGGUGCCACACCUCUCCACAGAGUCUUAUGACCAGCCAAUGGGAGCAGUGGGGCAUCGGCCGUCUGGAGAGUGGUGUGGAGGGCAGCCGCAGACCACCGGACAGACCCCCAUGGUGUCCCCCCGGGCAGAGACUACCCCCAUCCCUGUGCCCACCCAGGUGCGGAACUACCAGCGCAUCAAACAGAACCUCUCCAACAGCCCCACCACCACGCUCUACGGCUCACACAGGUCUGGUACAGUGAGGCGAUCCAAUACCAGUCCCAUGGGUUUCCCUAAGGUUUGCUCUGGGUCCCCCAGCUCUGCAGACUGCAGCCCUCAGAUGACAGGCAGACGUCUCUCUAUAGGCAGCUCCCGCCCAUACUCCCCCUCACCUCUGGUGGGCACCAUCCCAGAGCAGCUGGGUCACUGUUGCUGUGGACACCCUCAGGGCCAUGAGUCCAGCAGCCGCAGCUCCUCAGGAGGUUCUCCAGUGCCAUCGUCCCAGUUACUGGGUCGCCUGCAGAGUGCCCCCACCCUGACUGAGGUCUACCACACCAGACAGAAACUCCACAAGCAGCUGUCAGACCCCAUCCAGCCCUCCAACUACCCCCCCAGCCACUCCCCCCACCUGGGUCGCCCUGGCAACCUGGGCACCUCCCCCCGCUCCUCUGAUUGGCUGACGAAGUCACCUCUGCCCACAAUCAUUGGCUCUCCCACCAAGCCCAUCUCUGCCCCAUUUAAGAUCCCUAAGACGCAGGCGUCCUGUAACCUGAUGGCCCUGGCAGACAGUCCCACACCCACUAAGACCCUGGCGGACGCACGGGACAUCUGUGCCCACCACUGUACCACCUACCCCAGUGGGCGCCAGUCUGCCCCUGAGGCCAGCAGGACCACGUUUGGCAGGUCUGUCAGUACUGGCCGUCUGUCUGAACAGCCAGUCAGAAUCACUCUAGGGGGACAGCCCUACCAGGGAAGCACAGACAGCCUCAACGCAGAGCGGCCCAUGGAUACAGCACCAGCAGGACCGUUUGGGCUGGCUCAGCCUCGGGGCGGGGCGGCGAGUCCCCGGACCGUUCUCUUCACCGUGGGCUCGCCCCCCAACAGCAGCACCCCCCCUACCUGCAGCCACUUGGGCACCCGGCCGCGCACCACAUCAGUGGGCUCCAACAGUUCGGCAGGCUCCCUGUGCUCCACCAGUGGGCGGGUGUACGUGGGCUCUCCUCCGGGCAUGGCCAUCGGGACCUCUCCCCCAGGGGGUGCAGAGGCAGGUCCCAGCAGCCUACGCUAUGUCCCCUACGGUACCUCUCCCCCCAGCCUGGAUGGAUUCAUCACUUUUGAGGCCCCAGAGCUGCCUGAGGAGACACUCAUGGAGCGAGAGCACACAGACACUCUGCUGCACCUACGGAUGAUGCUGUCCUUCACUGACUGUGUGCUGGAGAUCGCAGCGGUGCGAGCAGGAGGGGCAGACCUGGGCGUAUCGGCUGCCUCCCUCUACCCCCCUCAGGAGAGUGUGGUAGUGGACCAGAUCAGCCAGCUCAGCAGGGAGUGGGGGCAGGUGGAGCAGCUGGUGCUGUACAUGAAGGCUGCCCAACUCCUGGCCUCCUCCCUCCACCUGGCCAAGGCCCAGAUCAAAUCAGCCAAGCUCAACCCUUCCAGCGCCGUCAAGCAGGUGGUGAAGAGUCUGAACGAGCGUUACAAGAGCUGCAUCUCCCUGUGUCGGCGGCUCACAGACAAGCUGAACCACUUCUUCUCAGACAAGCAGCGCUUUGUAGACGAGAUCAACAGCGUGACCGCAGAGAAACUCAUCUAUAACCACGCUGUGGAAACGGUGCAGUCUGCAGCUCUGGAUGAGAUGUUUCAGCAGACGGAGGACAUAGCCUACCGUUACAACAAGGCUGCAAUGCUGCUAGAUGGCCUGUCCAAGAUCCUCCAGGACCCUGCAGACAUCCAAAAUGUGGCCAAGUACAAGGCCAGUGUGGACCGGAGAAUCUCUGCCCUCUGCUACUGCACCGUCACACUGUACGAGUAGCAGACCACACACACAUAUCAGGGGCAGUUGUGAACUCUGUCCCCCUUCUCUGCCCAGAGGGACCACUCUCUACCCUGACAGUAGAACAUUGAGGACAAGUACGGAACCCCAAUGUUCCCUCACGUAGCAGUCCAAGCACCUUUCCGUUUUGAUAUUUUUCUGAGUUUAAGGAAACAACACGGCAGAUAGUAUAACACUUUCUUUGGCAUCGCAGACAGAACGAUGAAGUGUGCGAGAGAUGAUGCACACAUUCACUACCAAAGAUGAUCAAAUGGAACUGAGACAUUCAUAGGACAUGAACAAGACGCAGGCAUCUUCUUGCGUGCUGUCUGUCAACCGACUCCUUGAAGAGAGUGGGACGAGGACACACACUCUACCCAGCUUUUUGUAUCCGACUUGCAGGAUUUUUUAAUUUUGUACCAAAAGAAAGAGAUUGAUAUAAGGACAAUGACAAUCUAUCUAUCAUGGGCCCAGAGACUUAUACACCCAUGAAAAAUACACAUUUUUAAUGCAAAUCACAGAGGUUAUUAUAAUGUAAAGGUUUUUACUCUGUAUUAGUAUUGCUGUUGUGAUUAUUUAUUGUUUUGGAAUAGGAGGAGGCUGUUGUGAUGCCUGUCUGACAUGGUCUUUAGUAUUGAAGUGGAAGGAAGGAGUAUAUGAGAUUAGUCAAUUUAAAGGAGUAUAUGAGAUUAGUCAAUUUAAGGGCAGUCAGUCUAGCCAACCCUGUAACAAAUACACACACACACUCAAACGCCAAAACACACACUUUACAACACAUCUACAUAUAAGAACACACAGUUUUACACACAUGGAAGGAAGCCUGAAGAGCAAACAACCAUGUAGAUUUGUAAUUAGAUCUUUUUUUUGUUCAUUUGUUAGCUGAAGCACUUUAUUGUGAAAAGUGGGGGGGACACUUUGUCUUGACAGGUUAGGAAAGAGAAAUGUGAAGGCUGUUAGUGGUAGCUCAGGUUGGUUAAAGGGAUGGGGGUGGGGAGGGGGGUUCUCUCUCACCCUCUUCAGCCCACAACACCACUUGCCCUGCCACAGCUCUCCCUCUCAUUGCUGCGCAACCUGCUCACACACUCUGACUGUUAAGUGUUGCCGUGGAAAUGGGGUGAGGGGUCGUAAGAAACGUCCAGUCUCUACACAUCCCACACCACUGGUGGGCUUUUAGAAUAGUAUGGCAAGAAGAAGCCUGUGGGUGACAGAGAAUCGGACUAAAACGUAUGUUUUCUUUGCCCCUGGAACUUUUAGCGUUGACCAGCACAUGCCCCUAGGCAUUUGGGGAGGAGGGGUUCCUGAUCAGUAAACCAAGGGGGAACGCCCCUCUCCAGGGUGAAUCAAGACACAACAGUCAAAUUACUUGAGUAGUUUUCACUAAAUAAUACAGAAACAAGCUUUUUUUAUGUUCAUACAUGAAUAACUGUAACUCAUUUCCAAGUAAAUUGAUGUUUGCAAAAGUGUAAAUAUUUGUAUGUUGUGCAUGUGAUUUUGUUUUCCUGAGUGAAUGUGUGUGUGAGAGCACAGUGAGAGAGUGAGGGGGUCAGUGAGCGAGACGACGCCAUUGGAUGCCCUGCCUCUCGAUCAAAGAGCACAAACAUUUUUAUGUACUUUUAACCACGCCUGCCACGGGUUCAAGUCAAUCUAUCCCCACUAGAGGUCCCUGGCACAGAGGAAUGUGCCAAUCACAAGGCAGCUGCUCCGAACAUCGCCACACAACCUCUUCUUUAUACUAGGACUGUUUGUAUACUAUACCGGAUGGGGAUUCUGUGUGGAGAGAUCAAAUCUACUGUGUUAGAAGUAAAGAAAGGCACUGCCUAGCAUCCAUUCAAGUCUGCUCUGCUCUCUCCCCAAGCAGCUGCUGUGCUUGCAAUGCAGUAAUUUCAGUGAGUCUGCACACGUCAGGUAUACAAAAGGCCAGUGAUCAUAGAAAGUCCAUUACAGAAGAAGAGCUGCCUCGUAAGCCUAUUUGAAAAGUGGGCAGACUCCUUUGAUUUCCUAUUGUACACGUGUGAAAAGUGUGUUAAUGCGUAAACUUGCAACUGGUGGCCACUAGCUCUUUCUAUGAUGUACUGUUCCUUUUUUAGACAUAUCCAAGUUUCUGUGGUUUAUUUAGUUUUUGCUCUUGUGCCCUCUCCCUUUGCUCGUGAGCACUCCGCACCACAAAAAGCCUUUUCUGCACACUGAGUGGAGGGAGAAGUACAUUAAAACAAUAGUCAAACUGUCUGAACUUACCAAAUCCAUGCAUCUAUUUAUAGCGCUGUAGAUUUAGGCCACACUCCCUCACUAGCAGUAGUUUAUUAAGAAUGGAGUACUAAUGAUGGACUGUUUCAGAGACGAACCAUUGGUACUAAGCACAUGUUACAUCCCGUAGAGUGAAUGUAUUCACCCUCCCAGUCAUUUACACCUCAGAGUCCAGCUGAAUGCAUACCAACCCUUGUGAUGGUUAAGCCCCCUCUCCUGAACCGACCAUGACAAUGCAACUGAAUUUCCACACCUAUUUUUCAAUGAGAAAUGUUGAUGUGUUACUUGAUGUGAGUUAAAGGGCAUCUUUCUUUAUGGAACUCUACAAAUGCAGCCUUUGUUAAUUAAAAAGAAAAGUUGGAACUA